AUGGCUCCUUCAAGCUCCACUGCAAUCCACCAAAAGCUCAGGUGCAGAUUUUACAAAUUAUUUGUUCUUUCGGCCCUAUUGCUUUACAUAAUAAUCUACAUCGUCACCUCCAACCAUCCAUGCUGCCAAUCCUCCACCCUCUUCACCGAUCCCUGCUUUCCCACCAAUAUCACCCACCUCGUUUUCGGAAUCUCAGCUUCAUCAAACACAUGGAACGACAAGAAACACUACGUCGAAUCAUGGUGGCGACCAAACAUCACUUGUGGCUUUCUCUUCCUCGACAGGCCUCCAACCGAGCACCUCCCGUGGCCUUCAGCUGUCGAUCCUCCCUUUAAAGUCUCCGAAGGCCACGAGAAUGGCGUUCGAAUGGCGAGGGCGGUGGUGGAGGCGUUUCGGGCUGAGAAGAGAGGUGUGAGGUGGUAUGUCAUGGCGGAGGAUGACACUGUUUUUUUUGUGAAUAAUUUGGUGGAGGUGCUUGGGAAGUAUGAUCAUAGGAAGUAUUACUAUGUUGGUAUGAAUUCGGAGUGUAUUGUGGCGAAUUGGGAAGGUGGAUUUGGAAUGGGGUUUGGGGGAGGUGGGUAUGCUUUGAGUUAUCCUCUUGUUGAGGCAUUGGCUGAGAAUUUGGAUUUGUGUAUCAGAAGAUAUGAAUAUGGGUAUGGAAGUGGGCAUGUAUUGCAGUCAUGUGUUGCUGAUUUGGGAGUCUCUCUAACUCUUGAAAAGGGCUUUCAUCAGAUUGAUCUCCGCGGUGACAUAUCAGGAUUUCUCUCAUCCCACCCGCAAUCUCCCAUCCUCUCCCUCCACCACCUCGACACAGCCAACCCCAUCUUCCCCUCCCUCAACCGCCACGACUCCCUCAACCAUCUCAUGAAAGCCGCCCAAGCCGACGAGCCUCGCCUACUCCAACAAACCAACUGCUACCACAAGCCAACCAACUGGACAUUCUCCAUAUCCUGGGGCUACUCUGCUCAUAUUUACGAAUCAAUUUUUCCGCCAAGCAUUCUUCAGAGGCCGAUCGAGACAUUUCUUCCUUGGAAAAAGGGUGCAAUGCCACCAUUCGGUGCAAUGCCACCAUUCGUUUUCAACACUCGGCUUCCAUCGAAGCAUCCUUGUGAAGCACCUCAUGUUUUUUUCUUUGAUUCAAUGGAAGAGCCGAUCGGAGGACGAGUGGUUACGAGAUAUGCUCGGAGAUGGCAGCGCCAGUUACCGGCUUGUUCGGAGAGUGGGAAUCACUCUGCGGAUCACAUCUCCAAAAUUCAUGUUGUUUCGCCGAUCGGAAAACUUGAUGGUGUUGGAAGUAGAAGAGAAUGUUGUGAUGUUUUAAGAGUGAGUGACAUGAAUGCUACGGUGAUCAAGCUCAGAGCUUGCUUGAAAGACGAAAUAGUUGCUUGA